GCCAGCCAGCCAGAAGAGACAGCGAGAAAGCCCCCCUUUCCCAUGAGAUCGUCGUACUCGUCAGCUUGUCAAUAUGGUUAACUCAAGCUUGUCAUGUCGCCAAAUACGUGCUAGGCCCCGUGCAUUCGCUAUAUUUCACGUCAAAAUUCUAGCGAGGCUAUACAUCCAGAAGUUAAGGCGAACAGUCCAUGUAGCAGAAGCCCUGGUAGCUAUAAAACUGUACCUUGGUCCACUGCGUGUCAAAGUAAAAUUUCUGCCCACCAACUCAAUUCCUACCUCGACAUAAACAGUCAGUACACAAUGACGCGUCUCUCGUCUUCUUUGGCCUCGGCCGCUGCAGCUGCAGCAUUGUACAGCAGUGGCGUGUCUGCGCAAAAGCUGGUCUUUGCCCACGUCGUCGUUGGUGACACUGCAUCCCAUAAUCAGUCAACAUGGGAAAAUGAUAUCAAGCUCGCUUCUGCCGCAGCUAUUGAUGCUUUCGCCCUAAAUGGUGGCUACCCGGACUCUAAUAUUCCUAUUCAGGUCGCUAAUGCAUUCGCCGCUUGUGAGGCGCUCGACAACGGUUUCAAGUUGUUUUUCUCAUUCGACUACCUCGGUGGUGGUCAACCAUGGCCGGCUACCGGCGAUAACUCCGUUGCCUCUUACCUUGCCAAUUACACAAAAUCCUCUUGCUACCAGAAUUAUAACAACCUGCCUUUCGUUUCCACUUUCGAGGGCACCAAAAAUAUCGACGACUGGGCCCCAGGUGGAUCAAUUCGAUCCGCCGCCGGUGAUGUCUACUUUGUGCCAGACUGGACCAGCCUAGGCACUUCAGGAAUCACGGCUCACCUGGACAACAUUGAGGGAUUCUUCAGCUGGAACAUGUGGCCCGAUGGAGCUAACAACUUGACCGACGACGGAGAUAAGGCAUGGCAGAGCGCCAUCGGCUCCAAGUCUUACAUGAUGGGAGUUUCUCCGUGGUUCUUCCACAGCGGCAGUUCUUCAGGCACCAACUGGGUCUGGCGCGGAGAUGACCUCUGGGCUGAUCGCUGGCAGGAGGUCUUUGAUGUCGACCCCCAAUUCGUUGAGAUCGUUACCUGGAAUGACUGGGGCGAGGCUUCUUACAUCGGACCCUUCGUCAGUGACAACGAAGUUCCAACUACCUCUGCUCCCUACGUCGACAAUAUGCCUCACGAGAGCUUCCGGGACUUCCUCCCCUACUACAUCGCCACCUUCAAGGGAUCAAACUUUACUAUCUCAAAGGACCAGAUGCAGUACUGGUAUCGUCUUGCCCCAGCUGCCGGUGGAAGCGCGUGCGGUGUUGACGGCAACGACCCUGACCAGGGCCAGACCGAGGUUGACCCCAACACCAUUGUCCAGGACAAGGUCUUCUUCAGCGCUCUUCUGACCUCUGCUGCUACCGUGCAAGUGCAGAUCGGAAGCAACUCGCCCACUCAGUUCGAUGGUUCCCAAGGUCUCAACCACUUCUCCCAGCCAUUUAAUGGUCAAACCGGUGAAGUCACUUUCAGCAUCAUCCGCAACGGUGAGACCGUCGGCAAUGGCACUGGAGCUGCUAUCACCUCGUCAACGAGCUUGUCGAAUGGCUGCACCAACUACAAUGCCUGGGCAGGCAGCUUCUAA